CGAGGUUUGACACAAAAUUCUGUUGUCUACGAUUUGUUUGAAGUUUUCACAAAAUUCAAAUAUUAUUUUUCGUUACAGCGUGGUAAUAUUAUCCAAUAAUCAUAUCACUAUAUAUAUUAGAGUGGACGUGAAUAAAGGGGAAGAUUUCUUGUUCAAGCGUUAUAAAGGCAAAACGCAAAGAAUUCUAACCAAACGGAUAACCGAACCAUUGUCAAUUCUAGCCAAUGUGAACUUUACUAUGACUCACGCGAUGUAUUGUUAUUAAAAUUGUUUCUGUAUUCUAUAUUCGAGAUGUAUCGUAAGAACAGCAGGUAAUAUUUGGAAAUUAUAACCAAUCGCAAAUCUCGAGUAGACAAUAAUGGCAAAAAUGGCGAUGGAAAUGUGGAAGUAUAUUUUAGCACUUAUCAUUGUAAACUCAGUGGCCACUGAGAGAAUAAAGGAUAUGAUUUACAUGCCUUUAGAGGGUGUAGCUGCUUGUUUCCGAAGACACAAUGGCACACAUCAAUUUGGAUGCUCUUCCAGUAGAUCGGGAAGUGUAGGUGUCGUGCAUCUGAUAGAGACAGAUGGUGACAUUACUUGGAUAGAAAAAAACGCCACUGCUGGUCCGUACACUGUAGUCCUUCCAUUUGACAUGUUUACUAGAAAUACACUCGUAAAACUACGAAGUACUAAUAAUAUAAAUGGAUUGCUAUUAACGAGAAAUACUAGUCGUAAACGUCCGUCAACGUAUUCACCUGAAGACACGUGUCCAAAUCGAUAUUCUGGUUAUAAAAAAUGUAACAACGCGAAACCAUGGAAUUCUGUUGGAUCUGCGUUACUCAUGGAAGAUUGGCCAUUUCCCAUGUUUUAUACAGAGAAUCAAACUGUUUUGGAGGCCAUAAAAUCUUGUUUUCAGACACAUAACGCUCACGAUCUCGAAACUCAGUAUCAGAGAUCUCUUUGCGCAAUAGAAAUGAAAUCGUUCAUGUAUGCUGCUGUUAACUCGGAAUCGUGUAUAAAACGUACCGAUUUCAAGUUAAAUUUUCAUCCGACGCAAUUUUGCGAUCCACUCGGAGACAGAAACAUACAUUGGCCUUUAGCGCCUCUCGAUGAGAAUAAUAAUACAGUAAUAAUAGUAACGGCGCGAUUGGACGCAUCAUCAUUAUUUGACGGUAUAUCACCUGGUGCGGGUAAUGUUGUUACAGGACUUAUAACAUUACUUGCUACUGCAUACUACUUGAAUCACUUAAACGCCACUGUUGAUAAGACAAACAUUGUAUUCUCAUUGCUGAAUGGAGAGGCAUUUGAUUACAUUGGAUCUAGUCGUAUGGUAUACGAUUUGAAACAGAACAAUUUUAAUGCUCUCGGUGGAAUCAAUUUAAACAUCGACGACAUCAAGAGCGUGAUUGAGUUUGGUCAGUUAGGUACAGGAGAAAUAUUUCUUCACAGCAAUGGCGAAGACGAUAUGAUAAAUCGUUUGCAGAAGGCAUUGAACAGUAGUGUUUUAAACGGUAGUGUUCCACCUACGUCCGUGCAAAGUUUCCUGGAAGCAAAACCGAAUCUAACGACCGUUGUUAUAAGCAAUCACAAGGAACAGUUUAAGAAUCAUUAUUAUAACGGUAUUUUAGAUGAUGCAGAGAGUCUCGAUUUUAAUAGCAACGAUAGUAACGCGCUUGCAUCAGAUUUAGAGAGAAUUGCUCUUCAGGUCGCUAAUGAACUUUACCGGAUGGUGACGGGUGAGCUAGACCCGCAGCCCGCGUAUCUACCGAUAUCCAUGAAAGAACUUAUCACGAAAAUGCUACAUUGUUACUUAGAGAGCGCCAAAUGUGAUCUAUUUCGUGCGUCUUCGGCGCCUAGUGUUAAAUUGAUUAAUCAGGUCCUACCAUUGUACGUCGGUGUGCACAGGGCGCCCAAUCCCGCAACAAGUUUAACGGGCCAGCUUUUGGCUUUUCUGACUGGCGAUUGGCUUUUUGAGAUGAAUGAAACAACGUGUUACGAGAAUCGCCUCGUUUGGAUGAGCGGAUUCAAUUUUUCAGGAUUAUGUAUAAAUUCGACUGUCAAUUAUAGCGCAGCUGUAAGUCCUGCGUUUAUCAUCGAUGGAUAUGACAUGAAAUCGGGGAUCUAUUCGACUUGGACAGAAUCUAUAUGGCAAACAUUGAGUGUUAGAAUGUUUCUUAAACCAUCAGCAGCGACAGAACGCUUCAGUAUGAUUCUGGGUAGUUUAAUCGCCGGUACCUCGUUUGUGUUAGUGUGGUUUAUCAAUAAUCGAGCUGAUGUUUUAUUUAAUUCAAGGAGAACCGUCGAUUGCUAGGGAUACGCCGCGGACCACAUAUCAAUGACCAGGUUAGAUAAUUAUCAUCAAGAUCCAGAUGUUCCAAUAACUAGCCUUUAACCUUAUGUGUGGUGCGCCCUCGGACGAUUUUUUCUAAUUCAUAUAUUUCCAAGUAUGUUACUUUAUUAUCUCAUUAUCAUAAUUAUUUUUAUUAUUUAUCAUCAUCGUUUCACAUGUGCAUUGUGUUCAAUGGAAGGAAAGAUUAUUAAUUGAUGCGUCCUUAAUAUUUUCGAAAUGUAAGUCACCAGACAUAUCUUUCCUCUUUUCUGCGAUUCUCUCUUUCUGUACGAUAUGGCUCCAUCUGUACUGUAAAUUAAAUGCGUUUAAAUUAUAAAAUUUUAUAUGUAUGUACGAGAAAAAAACAUAAGAGGACAAUCGAGACGGAAGACUCGAUAUAUUUAACAGCUUUGUAUUUGUAUAUAUAUUAUAUAUAUAUAUUUAUUAAAUUACUGCACUGAUAAUUUUAAAAACUCCUGUUUCCUCACCACAGUCAUAUUGAAUUAUGAUGUAAAAAGCGAAAACUUAUAUGAAAUUAAGUUUUAGCUAAAUACAUCAAAAUAAAUUAAUUUUUUCAUCAAUCAUAUUCAAUAAUAUGAAUUGAUAAAAAGUCGAAAACUCCUUUUUUAUCUUGCAUUAAUAAACAUACAAGAGUACCUCAUCCAUAUGUAUCUUACAUUUCCAGCAAAAAUAGAAUUUGAGAAAAUUAAGAUUCACAGUUAUUUAUUAAUCCAUGAUUCGAAAAAAGGGUUCCUUCGGUAUAUUUUACAAGAAUUUAUGUUAUCGAAUACACGAAUGGUGAUAUAAGAAAAAAAUUAAUUUAUUUCCAUGUACUUUGUUAGAAAAACGUUCACAUGAUUUCUCGCUUCUGUGAAGGAUUACAAGUCUUGACACGAUACCAACGGGUACUUUUAGUAACGAUACAAAUUUGUUAUUCGUGUAAUAUUACAAAAAAUCGGCAUAUGAAGUCAUAUGAUAUACAUAUAUUUAUCUUUCUCUUUUUUUCCAGGUGGUUUAGGUUUAGAUUUAAUGUUUUCAAGAUAAUAAAAAAUGCAUAAUGUUUUUUAUUUACUUAGCACGAGUAUUAAGUCUCGAUUUGUUUCAUAUUUCCUUGUGUUAACUUUCACUUUGUAUAUACAGGUUUUCAUUAAAGCCAUGGAAUGAAAACAUAAUGUAUAUAGAGAUAUAUUAAUAGUAUUAAUAAACAGUAUCUUGUACAUGUUACGGUAAGAAUAAAAAGGAAAUAAUGCAAGCGUGAUGGCGUUUAUUAUCGAUAACCAACUUAUUUAACAGGGCUUUGAUGUACAUGGGAAAGAAGUAUUUAAUUUAUAUAUCUAUGCUUCCUUUUUUUAGUAUACAUGUAAGUGUAUAAUAUGUUUCUCAUUUACGACUUGAAACAUGGACAAAGUUAGAAAUGGGCCGUUCUUGGAAAAGAUUGAUUCAGAGAUUUCAGAAAUAUAUAUAUAGUCUUUUUUUUCUAAUCGUAAUCUCUCUCUCAAUUCUUAUUAGACUUCAUGUCUAUAAACUGAAUAUUUACAUUUAUUUGGUUUGCUUUAUUGGAUUUCUGGAUUUUACUUUAGGACGCAAUCUUACAUUUCAAACACAUUUGCAUAGAACGAAAACUUGCACGAAUCAAAUGACAUUUUUAUUUCACAUUACUAAAUAAACGUGGAGAAAAAGUUCAAAGUAGAGAGGUCAUUCCAAGAAAUUAAAAAUAUGAAAGUUCGAUAUUUUUACAAUAAGAAAAUAUAUAAUUAUGAAAUAAAGCCAUGGGUCUUUGCAUAAUUAUGUUAUGUGCAUACAAAUAUUUUAAUAACAAGUGACGUGCAAUUCGCAAGAUGCUAAGUGCAGAUGUAAUUUCUCAAAUUGGAUUCAUCCAUAAAUUUCGACGAAAAGUCUGCGUCGAUGAUCACGAUUUGUUAACUAUUUAAUAAACUAUUUGUUAUUUUGCGUGCCCAUUCCUACUUUUAUGUCCUCUUUUUUUUCUUUAAUCUAGUUUUCGAUAGAUAAUUUUCGCAUCGACAUUUUAAUGCGGCAAAAGUGUUUACGUUUUCUAUCGUAUAAAGAGUAUCUAUAUGCACGCGUCGUAAUAAUUUUUUUUUUAUAUACGGGAACAUCCUCAUACGUAAAGAAAGGAAAGUAUUUAAAGUGAAAAUAUGCCAAUAGCGCAUAUUUUAAAUGCCACGCGUUUCGCGACUUUUCGUGCACACGUGCAUAUGGAUAAAAAAUCAUUUCUACAACGCACGUCCCGACAUACGUUCAACCUCUCCUCGGUAAAAUUGUUUACGCUCUUUCUUCAUUUCUAAUUAUUUUUUUUUUAGUAUACAAGGAUGAAGUAGGAGGCUGGGCACCGCCCACCGAAUUAUCACAGUUGUCUGGUGCCGCAGCACAUACGUAUACGUGGUUCAGCCUUACAACCUACCUCUUAAUCUAUAACGUUAUCUUAGAAAUUUUAUUUAUCUCUCGGAUACAGUAUAGUCCCGUAUGACGAGAGAGAGGUGGCGGUUUUGUUAAAGCAAUAAUAUUUGCUAGGGAAACGAUUUUUUUCUUUCUUCAUCUCGCGUUGGAUCGCGUAUAUUAUUGCUUAUUACAAACAAUCCGGUUGAGCAUAGUAUGCAGAUCCCUUUGGGGUGCAUUUCCCCAUACUUUUUUUUCUUUUUUCAAAAAAUCGAAAGACUAGAUUGAGUGAUAUUUUGUCCCCACAAGUUUUAAUCUUUAUUGUAUUGCGACCGAUUGUUUAUUACUUUUAAGCGGACUGAUGUCGUGGCUAUAUCGUACACACGGAGCUAUACUGUCAGCUGUCUGCAAUUGAUAAUAUCGUUUUACUCGAGUUGUAUCGCAUAUAUUUUCAAGUAUCUAUAUCGUGCGAUUACGAUAUCAUAAUCGUUCGAAGCGACUGAAGCAAAGCUUAUGUUGCAUACAAAAAAAUCGGUAUGUUCAAAAAAAAAAAAAAAAAAAAAAAAAAAAAAA